UUUUCGAAGUCAGCUAGUCGGCCAUUAGUGUACCCGGUCAGAACCGAUAUCAUCCCAUUAUCUCCAUCAUGCAUCGACUGCGUCUCCCCACCAUGCCCAAAACAUGCAUCCGUCCACAGCUGCAAACCCGCCUAAUCAGCACCCCCUCACAACCCAAGCCAACCCCCGCACGCUCCCACCAGAAAUCCCAGAAAGAUGACUUGCGCAUUCUCCCCGCGACGCCUAUUGAUAGCCUCGCUAUCGCAGAUGUCUUCCUGCAUGCUUUUUCCGACCCGUUCAGUCGACGCAUGUUUCCCGUUACCGAGGAUGUGCGUAGUUUCUGGGUAGACCAGUUCAAACGCGAGAUUGAACAGUCGCGGGCUGCUGCGACUCCCAGCACUGCAUUCUUGAAAGUUACUGCGGGUGAAGAGGGGACGGUAGCUGCGUUUGCCAAAUGGUGGUAUCCUGUCCCAAAGGGGAUGACCUCAGAUGGUGAGAAAAAUAAAACCAAGACUGUUUGGCCCCCAAGCUCGGAUGCCGAUCUCUGUGAGCGAUUCUUUGGUUUGAUGAAUAGUGAGAAGAAGAGGGUCAUGGGAGGGAGAAAGGAGGGGUAUUUCUGUGAGUUGUUCUUUUUCUUACUGUAGUAUGACCUGCAUCAUGCUAAUCGCUCAGACCUCGACAUGCUGGGCACUCUCCCCCAGUUCAACGGCCGGGGCAUCGG